CUGAAACUUGGAUGCCUAUAAAACCGAAAGAGGUUCGUAUUACCUUUUUGCCGCAUGGCAGAGCUGCCGGGUAGUUAUCUGACUAACUCGAGGAGGGUUGGUUAUAGACGAGUCUGUUGAAUUGGGACUCUCUAUCAGACAUAGCUAACCUUCCCUCUCUCCAGACUUACAACCCCUCAGCUCACGUGGUUUUGUGUGGCUCGCCGGAAGCUUAGGAACGCUGCUGUUUUGAACCCAGGUGAUAUCUACUUCUUUGCUGACGAGGUCUUCUGCCUGAUUUGCAGAGCAUCAUCACUAGGCAGGCACGAUUCAAACUUCAGAGGAGAAAUAGUAUGGUCGAUUGUGGGAAACAUUGAUCUCUGAGUGACACCCAGUUUAGGUCACCGAGGACUAUGGCUAUACAAGAGAUUGAUGGAUUGCCUGCAGUUAUAUACUUUAUGUGUGAGGUCGUCCAGUGCUGGACAUAAAUAAGCGUAAUCAAGCAUUUUUCAGAGUUUGUAGACUGUGGGAAGGCCAUGGAGAAUCAAAGUUUAAACUGGAGUUCAGUCGGACUGGAGGUUCCCAAGGUUGAAAAGCAACUGCAGAGGAUGAAUUUCGAUAUUCCUGUGCGCCACAUCCAACAUUUAGAUCCUCUAAGCAGCCCUGAAUCAGUGAGAAUGGAGGAAUGCCAACUCAAAGCUGUGGACGACGAGGAGCAGCCCCUCCUCCGGUUGAGGCAAUCGAAAGCGAGUGCCAUACAAAACCCCAAGGUGGUAGAAGGAUGCGCGCGUAUUCAACGUGUGCCAAGGCUAGCCCUACCACAAAAAAGUCCAGAAAACACCCCACUAACCAUUUCACAAACUAUACCACAGAAGAAGAGGUCUCGCUCUCUAACAGGAUUGGUAGCAAGCAAUGACUUCUUCAUUCCCUUCCCCCUCACUCCCUCAAGCGUCUACCUGCAGCAAUCAUGUCCAGGAAGAGAAACGACUAAGCACCAGACUCCUAGGAUGUCACAAACUCCUAGGAACAUGUAUCAGACUGCGGGAACUCCUAGGACUCCCAGGAAGGAAGUACUAGCCGACAGCUUACGAGGACAAUUCACACCUCGCACUGCUAGGGGAACUUGGGCGGGUGGAUUUUUGGAGAGAGCUAUCAGAGUGAAGGAAAGAUAUACCGGCAAUCGGUUGCAGAGGCCGCUGGCUUAUCAUCAAAAUGCUCCAAAUACCGCAAAUGGUAGAGCUGCUUCUGACUUGGAAAAGAAACUAGAAGAACAGGGCAUUACUCCUGUAUUUUGCCCAGAGCCAAGAUUUGAGGUUAAGCGGUUUGGUAAUUUGGCAUGUUUGAUUUCGGAUCUUCGCUUGUUUCUGACACGUCCUGUCCCACAAGGUUAUGGACCAAUUGAAUGCCACAUACGCCGUCAUAUUCACGCCAAAUGGUUGACUCCAAGCAGCUACAGGUUGUAUCUCUCUGAUGGAGAUCGGUUUUUGCUAUCUUCAAAGAAAAGAAAGAAGGCCAAGACAAACUACACUAUCUCUCUGGAUGAAAAUGACAUUUCGAAACAAUCUGGAAACUAUUUUGGCAAGCUUCGCUCCAAUUUCGUUGGCUCUGAGUACUGGUUUUAUGACAAAGGGAGUCCUCCAGUUCAAGUCACAGGUGUUUGUGGGACUAUGCGGCUUCCGACCACAAAGAACAGAGUGGAGAUGGGUGCCGUCAAAUAUAACGUAAAUGUCCUUGGGAUAGGAGGACCGCGCAAGAUGACUGCGAUCAUACCGUCACUGCAGGAGGAUGGCAAACCUUAUGUGUUUCAUGCAGCUGCUGAUGGUGGACCAGUUCUAAUGGACGAUCACAAAAGUGGUCAUCACCGAGACAAGAUGAUUGUUAUGCACAACAAACAACCACAUUUUAAUAAACAGCUUGCAGCAUAUUGCCUCAAUUUCAAUGGCCGAGUAACAAAACCAUCUGUCAAAAACUUUCAGUUAGUUCCAGACUUGGACAAAGAGACUGUAAUCCUUCAAUUCGGAAAGAGUGGAAGAAAUCUCUUCACAAUGGACUAUCAACAUCCCAUGUCGGCCUUACAAGCAUUUUCGAUUUGUCUCUCAAGCUUGGACCCGAAACUAGCGUGCGAAUAACCAGACGCGCAGCAGCCAUACUUUGUUCAUGUAAGCAAAGAUUGCACCUUUGUGAAGCACGUCAAGUUCUGGAUAAUUUUCUUCAAUCU